UCCAACACAAUGCCUCCCACCAAGAAGAGAGGCGAGAGAAAGGGCCGUUCUGCCACCAGCGAGGUAGUGAGCGGUGAACACGCCGUCAGCAUCCACAGGCACAUCCAUGGAGUGGGCUUCAAGAAGCGUGACCCUCGGGCACGCAAGGAGACCCGGAAAUUUGCCGUGAAGGAAGGAGAUGGGGCUCCGGAUGUGCGCACCAACACCAGGCUCAGCACGGCCAUCUGGGCCAGAGGAAUUAGGAACGCCCAGGACCGUGACCAGGUGCAGUUAUCCAGAAAACACAGUGCAGAUGGAGAUUCACCAAACAGGCUCUACACGUUGGUCACCUGCGUACCUGUCACCACUUUCAAAAAGCUACAGACAGUUACUGUGGAUGAGAACUCGCUGCUGAUUGUCGAACAGUGA